AUGCCACAACAAUUUACGAAAGCUACCUUCCAAAUCGAAAACGGACCCUCUUACGAAGGUAUCUCGUUUGGCGCGCCGCAGUCUGCCGCCGGUGAAACUGUAUUCACCACCUCGCUCGUCGGAUACCCAGAGUCAAUGACGGACCCAUCUUACAAGGGUCAGAUUCUGGUGUUCACUCAGCCUCUCAUUGGUAACUACGGUGUGCCUUCUGGCGAAGCUCGCGACGAGCUCAACUUACUCAAGUACUUCGAAAGUCCAAACGCUCACGUCGUCGGAAUUGUCGUCGCUGAAUACGCCUGGAAGUAUUCGCACUGGACUGCUGUUCAAUCGUUGUCCGAAUGGUGUAUCAAGGAGGGCGUCGCGGCCAUCACAGGUGUCGAUACCCGUAGCGUCGUCCAAUACUUGCGUGAACAGGGAUCUUCGCUUGGCCGUAUCGUAGUAGACGACGGUCAAGCCGCUCCAGCGUACAUUGACACCAUGAAAGCUCAUUUGGUAGCUCAGGUGUCUACCAAACAGCCAUACUAUAUUGCCGCUGGCGCCGGCGCCAGUGCCAACGUUGCUUUGAUCGACUGUGGUGUUAAGGAAAACAUAGUCCGUUGUUUGGCUGCCCGUGGUGCUAACGUCACGGUCUUCCCACACGACUACCCAAUCCAGGACGUUGCACUACAGUUUGACGGUAUUUUCAUCUCCAACGGCCCUGGUGACCCCAAGUUGUGUGGCGCUACCGUCGACAACCUAAAGCAUCUCUUGGAAGAACCACAGUUCGAGCAACUUCCCAUAUUUGGCAUCUGUAUGGGUCAUCAAUUGCUAGCGCUUGCUGCGGGUGCCACUGCUGUCAAGAUGAAGUAUGGUAACAGAGCCCACAACAUCCCAGCGUUGGACUUGACCACUGGCCAGUGUCAUAUUACUUCGCAGAACCAUGGCUACGCGAUUGAUGUUGAGUCCCUACCGAAGAACAGCUUCAAGUCUUAUUUCGUCAACCUCAACGACAGCUCCAACGAAGGUCUCAUUCACUGCACCAGACCAGUGUUUUCUACUCAGUUCCACCCUGAGGCCAAGGGUGGUCCUAUGGAUACCGCAGUGUUGUUUGACAAAUACUUCAACAACAUCGCUACAUACCAAAAGAACAGGAACUCUAACGCCAAGACAUCAAUCAAAUUUGAACUUCCAGUUCAGUCUAUGGCUAGUGAAAGAGUGUUUUAG